ACGUUUUACUCAAAGGAAUCGCAUAUAAAGUAUUUAUAUCAGCAAAGACUUCAAAAUAACAAACUGCAAGACAUCAGUUACUCCAAGGUAAAUUGUAACGUCAACGAAUUUACCGUCACUAUCUCGUUAACCUCAACCAUCUCGUCUGUAUCGUCUACAAACCACCUCUCUUGCCUCAGAGCUCAAGGAUAAUCCUUGCUGUACGUACGAAGAUGGAGAUUAGAGUGAUUUUGGCGUUGUCUUUUUUGUGUACUGUUGCAGCUAGUGUACCAAGUAUUGAUGAACUAAAUGAACUGUACAAGCAAGAACACGUAAGGAACAAGCGGUCUGAUUGUGUAGAUCAGAUGGACUAUUGCUCAUCGUACAAACCGUAUUGCAACGACCCGGCAUAUAAAGAUUACCUGAUGAAAGAGUGCAAGAAAACAUGCGGCUUUUGUACAAAGCCCUGCUUGGACAGGUACCCAAAGUGUACUGUUUAUCUGAGUUCCUGUGCCAUAGAUAGUUACAGAAAAUCACUGGAGUACUACUGCUCAAAAACUUGUGGGUUUUGCCAAGUACCAACAACUACACAGCCUCCAACAACAUUACCGAGAACGGAAAAACCUAUCGAUCAUGGUAACAUCAAAUGUGGAACAAAAGGCAAGGGGAACACGAGAAUAGUCGGCGGCACUCGAGCCAAAAAAGGAGCCUGGCCUUGGCAAAUCUCAAUGAACUACAAGAAUAACAAAGCAGCCAAGACCCCUCAUUGGUGUGGAGGUUCUGUUGUGGCUAGACAAUGGAUCGUUACUGCUGCUCACUGCUUUGUUUAUGGGGACAACCCCGAUGACUAUACCGUGGUGAUGGGUGAACACGAUCUGAAUGUCACUGAUGGCUAUGAGCAGAAAAUAGGCAUUGAACGUAUCAUCAAGCAUCCAUUCUACGACGCCUACAAUAACCACGACUAUGACGUGGCUUUGAUCAAACUGAAGUCCAACCUGAUCUUCAAUGAUCGAGUACGACCAGUAUGCCUGCCUUCAAACGAUUAUCCAGCAGGGACUAACUGCUAUAUCAGUGGAUGGGGACAUCUCUUUGAGUCAGGUCACGGACCAUGGGUACUGCACCAGGCAAUGGUUCCCUUGGUCUCACGAAGUGUUUGUCAAAAAUCCUAUGAUGAUCUUCGCUACAAGUUAACAGCACGCAUGCGCUGUGCCGGUAAUGGAAUUGGCGGGAUCGACGCAUGUCAAGGAGAUAGUGGCGGACCGCUGGUCUGUAGGACUGGGGAUACUUGGUAUCUAAUGGGCGCCAUUAGCUGGGGAAUCGGCUGCGCGCGCAAGAACAGAUAUGGUGUGUACGCUGACAUGAUGGAUCUGAAGUACUGGGUACAAGGAACUAUACAUGUAAAUUAAGAAGAUUAAGCACCUUUACUCACAUUAAAAGAUAUCAAUAAACAUGCGCCAAGCGUCUUCUAAAUGAA